GUAGAAGUGGAACUAGUGAAACUACAGCCAAUCGUAGUUAUUGCCUUUGAGUAUUAAAGUAUUACUUUUCACACUGAAAACAAUAUAAUUAAAAAGCCAUGGUUGGUUAGUCUAUUAAUAAUAAAGCAGUUUUCGUGAUUUGAAGGAUACUUACCAUUUUUAUGCAAUUGACUUUUAAGCCACUACGAAAAUGUCUGUGUUUUUCGUAAAUGCAAAUCAAGAUAGCGAAGUAGAGGGUGACUCAAAUGGUGACCUACAGAUCGCCUCACCAGGUAAUUCUGAAGCUCAACAAUCAUUGGUUCAUUUCUGGCCAAAAGUCAUGGAAGAAAUAAAAAACAUCACAACUAUGGAUCUUAAAACGCAAUCUUUACCAUUGGCAAGGAUAAAGAAGAUUAUGAAACUAGAUGGAGAUGUAAAAAUGAUAAGUGCAGAAGCACCUAUGCUUUUUGCCAAAGCGGCAGAGAUCUUUAUACAUGAACUGACACUUAGAGCUUGGGUGCAUACAGAAGAUAAUAAGAGACGAACUCUUCAACGAAAUGACAUUGCAAUGGCAGUUACAAAAUAUGAUCAGUUUGAUUUUCUCAUAGAUAUAGUACCAAGAGACGAAAUAAAACAGAGUAAAGCACAGAACGAAGCUACUGUACGUACAUCUAUGAAUUCGGAUCAAGUUCAUUAUUACUUCCAAUUGGCACAGCAGCAAGCUUCAGCGAAUCAAAGUGUACAGAAUAGUGGCACUACCACACAACCUAUACAAAUUGUUCAACCUUCUGGCGGGCAAAUCCAAACUAUCAAUAUCGGCAGUCCGGUAGAACAGGAAAGCACUAACACGACUACAGCGCAAACAGUUACAGUUCAAAGUCCACAGCAAACGUCUAAUCAAAUUAUUCAAUUGCAACAACCACAGCAAACAUCCACCACACAAGCCGGAGGAAUACAAAUCGUACAACAGAUUGUCACUCCUAGCGGUGAAAUUCAACAAAUACCCAUUCAGUUGACUCCGCAGCAAUUGCAGAUGAUUCGCAUGCAAGUGCAAGGUGGGAGCAAUCAACCAAUUAUAAUACAAACUGCUCCAAUUCAAACUCAACCACAAUUAAUACAAGUUGCACAGGGCUCUCAAGCUCCAGUUUUCUUGCAAGCCUCCACUGCUGAUACCGAAUAAUAUUAAUUUACUUUAACAUUUUUUUAACUAUAUUUAUAUAUAAAUAACAUAAUGAAAAAAAAAUUUUGAUAAAUCAGAUUAUUGUUUUGUGAUUGAAAUUUCUUGAUAAAUUAAUCACUUAAUAAUGUUUAAAAAAAAACAUAUCUUUUUUCCUAUUUAUAAACAACUUAAGGUAAAGAGAAGAAAUAAUUGUUUGAUAAUUUAAAUUAUCAAGUAAUUAAAGAGUGGAAUAAUUGUUUUUUUUUUAUUUUUUUUUUCUAUUCAAAUUUCAUGCUACAUUUAUGCAUUAACACCUACGGAAUUUAUCACGCAAUGCAAUAAAUAUAUCUUCAUUGUAAUACUGUCUCGUUUUAUUAUUCGCUAUUCUCUGAUAAAAUAUACAGUGUACUAAAAAUGAUUAAUAACAAACAGGAAACCGAUACAAUAAUUAUCAAAAUAGUUUUUAAUAAAUUUUUUUUACUAAAAA